AUGCGCCUCGUACCCUUCGUGCUCCUUUCAACCCUCCUUGCCAGUGCCGUUUCUAGCCUGGCUCUUCCCUGGCUCAGCAUCAACAUCGCCACCUCCCAGCCCCCCGCCGACUUCGGAGACGAAGAACGCCGAAACUCCAAGUUCCCCAAAGAAAUGGACCUCAUGGAGGAGCUCAUGAGGCGCGCAGAAAGAUACUGCCCUGGCGCCCACGGCGAGGACAAGAACGAGUGCUACUGGAAGCUCCGCGGGGCAUGGCCGGGGUGCCCGAACGACUACCCUCCAAGCCUCUCGUUGUCGAAGUCUAAUAGAGGGGCCUUGGACAGAGGUGACGGUUGA